AUUAAGAAGGAAAUUUUGCCCCUAGCACUGCACCCCUGCUCCUAUUUUAUUCAGUCACAGGUCCUUGCAAGAGUUUUCAGCCUCGAUUCGAUGUCUAUGGCAAGCCUUGUUUUGCUUUUCCAGACGUUCCUGAAUGAAAUAAUUGCCAAAGAAUUGUCGAUGAAUGAUUUCCUAAUUGAUUUCUUUGAAGGGCUGCAAAUAAACAUUUGAAGCUAACAACUUAUAAAUUAGAAAUUGGCACAUUAAUGGCACUGUUACGGUAGAUCCUGAAGUCAAGUUUACUGUUGCUGAUGGUGACAAGGUUGCUUCGGGUUACUUGUCUAGGCCACUUUUAAAUUAAUUGCUGCAUGUGGACCAGAGUUACUUGGAGGAAUAGAAAGUAUUCUACUGUUGAGAGAUGUAACCACAACAAGGCUCCUUUACAUGGCUUGAGCAAGAAUGAGAUUACAACCUGAGGUUACAUGAUGAGAAAGUUGGAGUAAAAUGGAUUGACAACUGAAAUAACUUGAAGAUGUUUGAAAAUGUCCAGGAAUAAAGAUGCAUUUGGGAUUCAACCAUCAGAGAGACUAAGAUUGCUUCUAAGAGCUGCUGAAAAAGGCAGCUUGCCUGAUGUUGCUAAUAUUUUGCAAGAUGAUGGAAAUGAGGAUAAGAAUAGUUAUAUUAGCCAGCAAGAAGUGAGUGUAGAUUCUUGUGAUGAUGAAGGACUCACUGCUUUGCACAUGUCAUGUGCAAAUGGACAUGAAGCUGUUGUUAGGUUUCUCCUUACAAGAGGUGCAUCACUGGAUAUUGUUUGCAGACAUGGUUGGACACCACUCAUGUUUGCAGCCUAUUAUGGCCAUCAGUCUAUUGUAAACCUUCUUUCUCAAAGUAAGGCCAAAAUUAAUGUUACAAAUCUAAUGGGAUCAACACCCCUUGUUUGUGCCUGUAGAUGUGGUCAUUCUGGAAUUGUGUUAACACUUUUAGAGAAAGGAGCAAAAACAAAUCAAAGUGAAGAAGACUUUAACCCAUAUGCUACCACACCACUGCUAACAGCUGCACAGCAUGGGCAUAUUCAAGUUGCUCAAAUCUUGAUUGAAUGGGAUGCAGAUGUGAACUACCAGCAUCCUGUUACAGGGUGGAAUGCCUUGAUGAUAGCAUCUUUAAAUGGUCACCUUGAUGUUGUUAAACUGUUGGUAGAAGCAGGCAGAGCUGAUGUAAAUGUGGUGAAUGCAGCAGAUCAAACUGCAUUGUCCGUAGCAUCUCUUCAUUGUAGAAGGGAUGUUGAGAGGUAUUUGGAUAAAAGAACUUCAAGGAAGUUAGAGAACAAAGUAUCAAAGCCAUCAAGGCCACCAAUUAUCGAAGCUGCAAUAGAAGGAAAAUAUGAUAAGGUCAAAGAGAUUCUACAGAAUUUUGGAAAAGAGGUUAAUGCACAAGAUGGUGAUGGUGCAACUGCUUUGAUUUAUGCAAGCAUGAAAGGCCAUGCAGAGAUAGUUGAUCUUCUUAUACGGAAAAAGGCAGACCUUGAUGUGCAAGACAAAGUUACUGAAUGGACGGCUCUCAUGCAAGCUACAUGCAAUGGGCACGUCGAAUGCAUCAACUUGCUUCUUAAAGCUGACGCUGAUAUCAGCAUCAAGGACAACAAAACUAGGACGGUUUUCGACCUUGCAACAACAGUUGGAAAUCCCGAAAUUAUUCGGCAGUUGGUACGAAAAGCCCUCGAAAAAGGCAAUGCCUUGGCUCCUGAUUCGAUAAAGACCUUUGCAGUUGAAGAUGAAGACAGCGAGAACAAGGGCUCAGUCAAGUCCUGGAUCUCCAAAAUGGUAUCUGGCAAAAUUCAACCUUGGAAAACGUCGCGAAAUUCCUUUCCCACGUCUCGAGUCCACCCACAGCCUCCCGAUGCCCUUGGAAGCACCAUGAUCAGCGAGAAUUCAGAUCCUACGAUGCUUGUAGAUACAUACUCAUUAAGGUCUUCAAGUUCGAUUCUUUCAGCCCUAGAUGUGAACAAUAAAAGCCCCAAAGAAAAGCCGAAAAUAGCUCUUCUUUUCCCACAAACUAAAUUGCCUGAUGACGUGGUUGCGCCAGUUCUGUUGCCGUUUCCAAGAAGAACAAGCUUUGAAUUGCCAAGGAUGCCAAAAGAUGCAAAACUGUCAAGCAGCGGAGGAGCAGAUGUUUCCCCGCAGUCUGCCAUUCCGAGGCUACAAGUGAAUGGGAAAACAGUUAGUGAUAGGAACAGUGAAACUGAUUGGCUUGAUAGAUCUGAUAGCAGCAGCUCCGAAAGCAGUAGCUUCUUGAAGCAUUCGGGAUACGGCAGACUCACUAAUCGUUCCCAGGCCUCGCAAUCCAUGCAUUUUGUUGCCGAUUCGCCAGAUUCGCCACUGUCAUCGAUGACGUCAACUAACUCCUUCUUCACGUCAGUCAGCCGGCAGAAAGGGAGGCCAGUGAUGCCGUCAGUGUCCAAUGGCGGGAUUAGGCGACCUAUGAAGGCGUUCCAAAACGACCCACCAAAUACAGCCACGCAACCGCUGCGCAACCGAUAUACAAAACCACCCUCAAGUAACACAAGCUCGGUAGCAUCAGUAAAUACAUAUCAUAGUGCUCCUGUGCAGCCAUCACUUGUACCAAGACCACCAUCGAAACCCCGCAGCCGGUCAUCGUUUCCUGCCAUCACACCCCGAAAUGACAAUCAUUUCUCAAUACGAAGCAGCCAUGACGAGUAUCAAGAGAAUGAAGUCCUCAGAAUGCUUGAAACAUUGUCAUUAGAGAAAUACGGUACAAAAUUCGAAGAGGAAGAGAUCGAUAUGGAGGCGUUCUUGACAAUGAACGACAGCGAUUUGCAGUCCCUGGGAAUCAAGCAAAUGACACAUCGGAAGCAGAUACUGGAUGCCAUCAGAGAACUGAAUGCCGGGAAGGGGAAAAGUAGAGAGCAAACAAAAGUUUUCGCGCCACCGGGAAAACACGAAUUCAAGCAACACAGGGGAUCGAUUACAUCAUCACCUGGUUUCAUGAAUCUCAAUGCACACCAACUGACGGGCAGGCAGAAGCGAUGACGUCAGGUUGGACAACUGCCUCGAUUUCGUGACUGAUUGAUCGAUAUGGAUGCUGAGUACUCACAUAUGAUCAGUGCAGACUGAGUUCAAUAAAGGCUGCAUUACUCGAAACGUUUUAGCCCAAAUCUUUAAUUAAAAAUAGUCAUAGGGGGUGGAACACCUCAUACACCAAACUAAACACACUUCUGUCAGACUUUUCAAAGUCUUGGUCGAGAAGCCAACAUGUUUUUACAGAAGUCUUUGGGAUGUGAUUCACGGGUUUUUUAUCUUUUGUUCCACCGCCAGGUCUUUUCGAUUGAUUUUCAUUUAUAAUCGCUUCAAUGUUCGAAUAAGGUUAUAUCUAAUCCAGUCUACAAUUGAAGUGACCGGUUAAUCUUCAAAUUUGAUACCUCCCCCUCCUAAAAAACAAAAAGCCCUGUGAUAUGUGUAGCUUUUUUAGACUUCCCCGCCAUCGCAGAGCCUAUUUUAAGCAGCUUCAAGAUGUCAUAUUUCUUGUGGUGAUUGUGAAUAUUUGUCACGCGUCAGUCUAUCAGUCGCAAAAAUCAUCUGCUUAACUCUCAGAAAUAAACCUGUUCCUCGCGAUCGAGCCUUGACAGGGGCUGUAUUCGAAUGAGAUAGGACGCAGCAACGAUUCAUGUCAACAAUAUCUUCGAGAGGUGGACAUUGGAAAAGGGGUUAAAUAGAACGAUUUCCUCCAAAAUCUCUUCAAUCAAGAGAUGUACUUUUGGCUUUAGUAAAGCUAGCUCCAACUGCUUUGAAUCAAGUUAAUUUUUCUUAAUAAUGAGCCUGUCGACACUUACGUGGCGCUUUGCAGUAGUUUCUGCGUCAUUUAAUACUCUGUCCUCUAACAUUUCAAUGUACUUUAAAAUACUGAUCUGAUUUGUAUUCAGUCAGUUAGAAACAGGCUCUCUUUCGCACAAGACCUAUUCGUAGAACGGUGGAUUCCGCGAUUGAUGCAAACAGGGUCCCUCGCUAUCGACUGUGUUAAUUAACUCCAAAUUUGACGUGAUAAUGUUGAGAGAAGGAUAAAACAUUGGCAGAGUACCUAGUCAGGCGUUUACAAUCGGUAAAAUGGGUGUUCCCUGUUUGUAAAUUGACGUUUCCUUACCUUCAAAAGGGCGUGUUCUAUAAUUUGUUGCGGCUGGUUGUUUUAUGUGCCAGCCAGAUGCCAAUAUUUUCCAAAAUGGUUUCCAUUCCUGGUAUUCCAAAAAACUCGAUCGUCUAGAUAUAAAACAGAAACAUUAAUUUGUAACUCAUCUGCACAUACACGAGAACCAAGUUUUUUUCCUUUUUUAUUAAUCAUUUGUGUAUUAGAAUAUUUGCAUACAAACGCCUUAUAUAGUCAUCGACAUGCAGCCCAGUCCCACAACCACGUUCCUGGAAAAGGUCUGUGAAAGGAUUAUCGCACCUCAAAUGUGGCAUUGCUUUUCCAACUUUUGAUACUCUGAUGAGAAUUUUAUGCAGAUCAUUCCUGCCCCUAGACUUGCGUCGUAUGCAAAAAAUUCACGGGUUUGAUUUUCUAGAGUAAAUACUUAUAGUCGUUUUAAUUGGAUGUAAAAGUGUUUUACUGUAGGAGUGAACUGUAAAUUUCCAUUGUAUUUAUUAGGAGCGUAUUUCAAUUUUUACACGGAUCGAUUUUUUCUAGGAUUUACUCACAAUGCUCAAAAUUGGAUUUUAAGUAAAUGAAAUCAAAUUUGUAGCCAAAAGGUUGCAAAAAAUUUGCAUCAUAAUGUUAUGUAAAUAUAUGAUUUUGAUGA